AUGGCCUCCAAUUGGAAAAGUUUGAAGCCUGCGGAACGGGUUGCGAUCCAGCAGCAGGAUGUAUGGUCCAUGAUAAAUGAGGCAGCCGCCGAAUCUGUUGCAAAUAUGGGCCAAGGCUUUUUCAAUUACAAUCCUCCUGGCUGCUCUAGUCUGAGAAAAUCCAUCGCCCGGGAAUACUCGCUGUCCUUCAAUCGUGAAUUAGACCCAGAUACAGAGGUCACUGUAACAACGGGGGCACACGAGGGAAUACUGUGCGCACUAAUGGCCUUUAUCUCCCGAGGAGACGAAGUCAUUCUUUUUGAGCCAUUCUUCGAUCAAUAUAUUAGCAACAUUGAGAUGCCUGGCGGUAUUAUUCGCUAUGUUCCCCUCAGCGCUCCUCAAGAGAAUACUCUCAGAACCUCCUCGGCAGAGUGGACGAUCGAUUUUAAGAAAUUGAAUGAUAGUUUCAAUGAAAGAACCAAAAUGAUUAUUAUAAAUUCACCGCUCAAUCCCGUUGGAAAAAUCUUCUCACGCAAAGUAUUAGAAACUAUUGCAUCUCUCUGUAUAAAGCACGAUGUUCUUAUCCUUUCGGAUGAAGUCUAUGACCGACUAUGCUACGUUCCGUUCACGAGAACGGCUACUCUGUCUGAAGAUUUUUUUUCUCACACGCUCACUGUUGGAUCAGCUGGCAAAGCAUUCCAAACCACUGGUUGGAGAAUUGGGUACCUGGUUGGACCUGAUCACCUGAUAAGGUAUGUUGCCGCUGCUCAUACUCGCAUCUGCUAUAGUAGCGUGUCUCCAUUGCAAGAAGCAGUUGCUGUAAGAUUCUGGGAUUAUAGUCAAAGAGAAAUGAAGCGAAAACUGGAUAUAUUUAUUCAGGUAUUUGAUGAGCUUAAAAUUCCAUAUUCCUAUCCAGAAGGAGGAUAUUUUGUUCUGGCAAAUAUGGCUUCGAUCAAGCUUCCUGAGGACUAUCCAUUUCCAUUACACAUUUCAAGCAGGCCGCGGGACUUCAAGAUUGCAUACUUUCUGAUUCGAGAGCUGGGAGUAGCGGCGAUUCCUGUUUCAGAAUUUUAUAAAGAACAAACUACGGUCGCUGCAACCAAUUACCUUCGGUUUGCAGUUUGCAAGACAGAUGAAGUUCUCGUACAAGCCAAGGCAAAAUUGCAACAGCUUAAGAAAUAUAUGGUUUAG